AAAUUCUAAUUUUACCCAAAAUUUUUUCUUCAGUUAAUUGCCUUCCUCGUUCCCAUCAUUAUAAUCUCAUUCUUGUAUUUCUGCAUUUUUCGAGUUAUUUCAAGACACACCGAAAAGCGGCUUGCAGUUGAUAAUGGUGCUCGAGUUCGUGAUGAAAGGGUUAAAUUACGUAUUGCCCAAAUGAUGUUUACGGUUAUUGUUGUAUUUGUUUUAUGUUGGACACCUUUGUAUGGUCUUUACUGUUAUUUUUUUCUGUCAGAUGAUAAAGAUUCUUCAUUUUUUCAAUUUGCUUCUUCUUGGCUUUCUUUACUCUCUUCCUCCCUCAAUCCCCUCAUUUACAUCUGUUUUUCUCAAAAAUAUCGUCGAGCAUUUCAUCAAUUACUUUUACUUCCUUGCCGAAAAAGAUAUAGAAAAAUUCAACGUGCUACAAGAAAUACUUUUAGAUUGAAUAGUUCUGCUGCUUGUUCUGAACGCCCAUCGUCUGCGACUCAUUUACUUCUACAAAAUUCUGCAAAAUCUAACGGCCAUUUGCCCCUCUCUAAAGGCCAUUCUUAUACCUCAGCAACAUUAAAACCAAAUAAUAGAUUAGCUAGAGGAAGUUUAGAUGUUAAUAUGUUCACAAAUUGUAAUAAUAAUAAACUUGAUAUUAAUUUAAAUCAAAGAAGACCGAGUUCUGCCGUUGUUACUUCCGCUAAUUUUAGUGAUAUUUUAAUAUCUCCGAUACAACAACAAAAAUGGAGAAGAAAGGAAUCAGAACAAAUAAAUGAAGAAAAUAAAAGUGGAAAUUGUUCUUCACAAAUUCUGUUGGAAGAGAGUAAGGAAAAUAGUGAACUACAGCACAUACCAGAAUCAAAAAAAGAACCAGAAGAAAAUUCUGUUGAAAUAAAAAUUAAAACUUAUGAAAAAGAAAUAAAUACAAAACAAUUAAAAUUAACUCAACAAAACGGAAAUUUAAUUAAUUCUGAAAAAUCAAAAAAAGAAAAUAAUGAAGAGGAAAUUAUUAAACCUGAUGUUCGGCAAUUGAAUACUUUAAUUUUUACUUUAUAA